AUGUGCGUUUUACAUGAUGAUGCUAUAACGGGGACGGCAGCAGCGGCUGAGAACGAACUCCCCGUAGCUGGACUUUCUAAUAACGGAGAAGCCAAAGCGGAGGAAGAAGCAGGCGGCGCUUCACAGCGGGCCAGCGGAACGGCACGAGAAGAAGCACAGUCGGUUCCCGACACGGGGCGGGAGGAGGCAGAGCCGGGAACGGCCGCGGAGGGGAGUGGGGAAGAGGCUGGAACGACCGCGGGCGAGGCGCAAGGGCAGGGUGAAGGCGCCGGCGCAGAAGCGGGGGUAUCGGUGAAAGACGAGGAGAACGGGGGAGAGGAGCGGCUGAACACGGCAGCAGAAGUGUCGACCGGGGCAGAUCAGCUUUCCCGAAAGGGUCAGAGUUCAACCUUCAAUCUUCCGAGCACUCCCCUUCCCACUCCGCCUGAUGCUCGCUCUCCCCCUGUCGGUCACGUUUCACCCGAGGCUCCUGGUUGGGCUGAUGCUGCUGCUGUUACGCCUAGCGCCCCCGAUGCUUCAAUGUUUGAUAAUUUAGAGUUUGAAACACCUGCGUCCGGCGUUAGCACACCGGCAACGGGUGUUAGCAUAUCUACGACGGGGGUUGACACACCUGCGACGGGCGUUAGCACACCUGCGAGGGGGGUUGACACACCUGCGACGGGCGUUGACACACCUGCUACAGCCGUCGGCACGCCAGCUACAGCCGUCAGCACUCCUGUUGACACCCCGAACACAACAGCCACCGCCACUCCUGCUCCCACCCCCUCCGCCACUCCUGCAAUCCUCUUCGCCACUCGUGCACCUGCAGCGGACGGCGUCACCACUCCCUUAGCCUCGCCGCUUCCUGCUGCUCCCUCUUCCACCCCUCCUGCUGCCACUCCCUCCGCCACUCCCGCAGCCACUCCCGCAGCCACUCCUGCUGCCACUCCCGCCGCCACUCCUGCUGCCACUCCCGCCGCCACUUCUGCUGCCACUCCCUCCGCCACUCCUGCAAUCCUCUUCGCCACUCCUGCUGCUACCACCUCUGCUACUCCUGCUGCCACCCCCGCCGCCACUCCUGCAAUCCUCUUCGCCACUCCUGCUGCUACCACCUCCGCUACUCCUGCUGCCACCCCCGCCGCCACUCCUGCAAUCCUCUUCGCCACUCCUGCUCCUGCAGCGGACGGCGUCACUACUCCCUUAGCCUCGCCACUUCCUUCGGCUGCCACUCCCACCCCUCCUUCCGCUGCCACUCCCACCCCUCCUUCCGCUGCCACUCCCACCCCUCUUUCCGCUGCCACUCCCACCUCUCCUUCCGCUGCCUCUCCCGCCACUCCUGCAAUCUUCCUCGCCACUCCUGCACCUGCAGCGGACGGCGUCACUACUCCCUUAGCCUUGCCGCUUCCUGCCGCUGCCACUCCCACCCCUCCUACCGCUGCCACUCCCACCCCUCCUACGGCUACCACUCCCACCCCUCCUGCCGCUGCCACUCUCACCCCUCCUGCUGCUCCCGCUCCCACCCCUCUUGCUGCUCCCACUCCCACCCCUCCUGCCGCUCCCACUCGCACCCCUUCUCCUGCUCCCACUCCUCUCCCUCCCUCUGCCGCGCCGUACCUGGGCAAGCUGGUUCGGAAGAGGUUCGGCGACGUGGUGUUCCUGGGUCGGGUGUUUGAGUACGACCGGGAGGAGGGGUGGUACAAGGUUCGGUACGAGGAUGGGGACUUGGAGGAUUUGGAGGAGGGAGAGGUGGUGGCGCUGCUGGUGGGGCAAGAGGAGGAGAAGGCAGCUGCUGCGGAAGUUGAUGCCUGGCCGCAGCAGAAACGCCAGGCGUUCUUCAGCGAGGUAGAGGAGCCGGUGUUUGUUGAAGGCAUGGCAGGGAUGGAAAAGGGAGGCGCUGGAGGUGCAGAGGGGGCAGCGGGAGGGGGAGAAGGAGUAGAAGGAGUGGACGGAGGGGCGGAGGUGGCGCGUGAGGGCAAGGCGGAAGGGCAGGAGUUAGCAGGGGAGGUGGAGCAGCAGUUGGCAGUGGGCAGUGUUGGCACGGCUGCAGCAGAGGAAGGAGAAAAGGCUGAGAGUGUAGGUGCAGCGGGUGAUGGUGCUUUGCCUGGCAGCCCCACCACACCUGGUGGGGUAACCGCGUCUGGUGGGCUGAUCACACCAGGCUCGCCGGUUACGCCCGCUGGGACCGCAGUAACCAAGAGCCCUGGUCGUAGCGGCAGGAAGGUUGUGACGCCUGAAGCUAAGAGCCAUGCUGCUGCUACAAGCGCUGCCACAAGCCCUAUUGAAGGGCUUGUGAAGGGUGCUGCCAAGACCCCUCCUAGGAGUGCUGCUAAGAGCCCUGCUAAGUCUCCUGCUAAGAGCCCUGCUAAGUCCCCUGCUAAGAGCCCCGCCAGAACCCCUUCGAAGCAUGCUGCUAGUACGCCUCCUGCUAGGGCUGCCAGAAGCGCCGCUAGGAGCCUUGCUAAGACUCCUCCUAUGUCCCCUGCCAGCCCCGCCAAAACCCCUCGCAAGAGCCCUGCCCCGAGUGCCGCUAAGUCCCCUGCUAAAAGCCCUGCCAAGACCCCUGCCAGGACUCCUCCUAUGAUCGCUGCUAGAAGCCCUGCUAAGACCCCUCUCAGGAGCGCUGCUAAGAUCCCUGAAACGAGCCCUGCAAAGAGCCCACGGCUCAGUUCUGGUAAGGCGACGCCCAGCAAGAGACAGGCCGAGGCUGCAGCAGAGGGGGGCAGUGUCGCUAAGUGCCCUGCUAGGACCCCUCUUAGAAGGGCUGCUAAGAUCCCUGAAACGAGCCCUGCCGAGAGCCCACGGCUCAGUUCUGGUAAGGCGACGCCCAGAAAGAGACAGGCCGAGGCAGCAGCAGAGGGGGGCAGUGCUGCUAAGAGACGGUCCCUUGGGAGUCAGUCCGUGGGUAGUAGCAGUGUGGGGCGUAGCAAUGCGAAGGCGGAUGCUGCCAAGGCUGCAAUCGGAGGUGCUUGGGAUGCAAUGAUCGGGACGGGCAGGCGGGCGGCAGGAGCAGGGAGGAGGGCAGGGGCGGUGAAAUGGGUGACGCCGGUCAGGCGGGGCGGCAGAGGGGCGGCAGGGGGUGUUGGGGUUGUGGGGCGGGUGGCAACAGGAGUGGGGAAGAGGAAGAGCAAGAGUUUUUCGAGGCGUGUGUCUGAAGGCGUGGGGGUGAAACCAGUGAGGCUCAUGCUGGGAGGGCAGAGGGCACAGGGUGAAGCAGCAACACCAGGCAAAGCAGGGACACUGACCCCUCUUUCCCGAGGCAGGGCACCGGUCCACCUGUCCUCCCGCCAUGCGCUCACAGCAGUGGCUAAGCCCCGAGUGCUAACCAGGCGGCUGCUGUCAGUCACUCCCACGCACGCGACACCUGAGGUGCCUCAAAAGUCGUCAGUCACUCCCAGGCGGUCCAGUGCAGGAGGGAGAGGGGCUGCUGUGUUGGUAGCAGCAGCAGAAUCACCUGUCAGAGCACCUGCUACGACCCCUGCCAAAUCACCUGCCACGACGACCCCUGCUAAAUCACCUGCCAAGUCCUCUCCAAGUUCACCUGCCGAUUCCCCUGCCAAUUCACCUGCCUAUUCACCAGCCAAAUCCCCUGCCAAGUCACCUUACAGAAGAGCAAGCAGGUUUGCCCCCAAACCAACCAGAGCGUCCAUGUCUGCAUCGCCUGCAGAGGUCCCUUCCAAAUCACCUGAAAUAACACCUGAGAAAGGACAAAGCAAGGGGAGGAAGACCAGGGGCUCACGUGAACCUUCUGUUGUUGCUCCUGCUGCUUCCGGCCCUGCUGGUGCGUCAGGAAUUCCAGAGGAAAGGCCCCUGAGGUCAAAGCGCAGAGCACUGGAGAUGGAGGCGGAGGCAGAGGAGGAGGGGGCGAGGACUGAAAGGGGAAGAGCCGGAGCACGGAAGCGGGGAGAUGUGAAGGAGCAACCUCAGGGGAAGAGGCGUAGGGUGACUCGCCUAGCUGCUGUUGCUGCUCUUGUUGCUGGUGGUUCUCCUGGUGCUGCUGGGACUCCUGGUGCUGCUGGUGCAAACGUGGGGGAGACGGAAAGUGUGGGUCGAACCAGGAGGGGAAGGAAGGCAGCAGCUACUGCUCCAGCAGCAGCAACCAGAGCGACAAGGGCGAGCAGAAGGGGGGCGGAAACAGCGCAGGUGACGGUAGUGGAAGAGGAGGAAGAGGAGGAGGAAGAGGAAGAGGAGGAGGAGGCAGUGGUUUUGGUGAGUGAGGUGCAACCAGUGCGAGGGAGGAGGGCCCUGCAGGAAGUGGCAGGGGAGGGAGAUGUCCAGGAAGGGGCAGGGGAAGUGGGAGUGGAUGGAGGGGGGUCUGGUGGCCGCAGUGGUGGGAGGGGGGGAAGGGGAGGAAGAGGAGGUAGAGGAGGAAGGGGAGGAAGGGGAGGAAGGGGAAGUCGAGGAAGGAAGUCUUUAGAGGGGGUGGCAGAGGUGGGAGAUGUGCGAGAAAGGGAGGUGGAAGUGGAAGUGCAAGCAGUGGGGACUCCUGCGUCUGGUGGUGGGAGGGGGGGAAGAGGACAGAGAGGGCGCGGGGGAAGAGGAGCAGGAAUGAGGGCACGAGGAAAAAAGAAAGCAACUGAGCCAGCAGCAGCAGCAACUGUGGCGAAGGAGGAGGAAGAGGAGGAGGAGGUGCAAGUGUUGGGAGAGGAGGGAGAGGCGGAAGAGGAGGGAGAGGAGGGAGCAGUUGGAAGAGCAGUGGAGGGGGUUCAAGAGGUGGGGGGAGUGGAAGCUGGGGUUUCUGGUGGGCGUGGGCGUGGAAGGGGAGGACGAGGGAUGAGAUUGCGAGGGGGGAAAUUGCGAAGGGGGAGAGGGGCAGGGAUCAGGGCUCCAGGAGCAAAGAACGCGACUGAGCCAGCAGCAGCUGCAGCAGCAGCAGCAUGUGCGGCAGCAGAAGUGACGGCGUUGGAGGAAGAAGAGGAAGAAGUGCAAGUGGUGGGAGAGGUGGGAGUAGUUGAGGUGGGAGUAGUUGAGGUGGGAGUAGUUGAGGUGGGGAAAGAUGUGGAGGGGGUUCGGGAGCUGGGGGAAGUGGAAGCAGGGGUUUCUGGUGGGCGUGGGGGUGGAAGGGGAGGAAGAGGAAAUGGAGGACGUGGAAGAGGAGGACGAGGAGGGAGAGGGGCAGGGGUCAGGGCAAGAGGAGCAAAGAAAACAACAGAGCCAGCAGCAGCUACGGCAGCAGAAGUGACGUGGGACGAGGAAGAGGAGGAGGAGGUGCAAGUGGUGGGAGAGAUGGAAGCGGUUGAGGCAGGGAAAGGUGGGGAGGGGGUUGAAGAGGUGGGUGAAGUGGUCGCAGGGGUUUCUGGUGGGCGUGGGGGUGGAAGGGGAGGAAGAGGAAGGAGAGGGCGAGGGGGAAGAGGGGCAAGGACUAGAGCAGCUCGAGGGGCAGCAGCAGCAGCUGAGCCAGCAGCAGCGGCAGUUGAGGCACCAGCUGCUGCAGCAGCAGAAGAGAGUGACAAGGCAACAGCAGCUGGAGCAAGGCGGGGCAGGAAAAGGGGUGCUGGAGAGUCAGGAAAGGCAGCUGAAGCGAGUAAGGGAGAGGACGAAGAGAGUGGGCUGGGCAAGAGAAGGCGUCGGGGAGAGCCUGCGGAGGUGGUUGAAGUGGCGAGCACCAGGAGCACUCGAGGCAGGGCGGCUGGGAGGGCAAGGAGAGUCACUGCAGAACCUGCAGGAAAGGAAACUGGCGCUCGGAUGGGAAAAGCAGGGAAGGCGGGUGCAGAAAAGGCAGAUGCGGGGAAGAUGGAUAUGCCUGAGGCGGAUGUGGGUGCAAGCAGUAGGAGAGGAGCGCGGCAAACAAGACGACAGGGUGUAGCACCCACAUUUGCGUCUCUCAAUGCUGUCACUGCCCGUGCCGCAGGAUCAGCAGCAGCAACAGCUGAUGAGAAGCAAAAGGAGGCGGAGGAUGAGGAGGAUGGAGUGGUUGAGCUGACACCUGGAAGGAGCGCGGGAAGGAGGAAGAGUGAUGUGAUAGCGGCUCGGGGAGGAGGGGUGCUGUCACCUGGUAGGGGUUGGGGAGGAAGGAGGAAGAUUGAUGUGGUAGUGGCACGGGGAGGGGGACGGGGGAGAGGGGUGCGGUUGAGAGGGCGUGGGCGGGGUCGUGGAGGGAAGGGGAAAACGGUAGUGGAGGUGGAGGAGGAGGGGGAGGAGGAAGAGGAGGAAGGGGAGGAGGAUGAGGGGGUGGAGGAGGUUAGGGUGAUGGGAGAGAUGGUUGACCUUGCAUCAGAGGACGAGGAGGAGGACGACGACGACGACGAGGAGAAUGUGGUUGAUCUUGAAAGUGAGGAGGAAGAGGUGGAGGUAGAGGUGGAAGAGAAAGAGAAGAAAUCGGAGCAGGGAGGAAGGCAGAGAAGGGGUAGGGGCCGAGGGGCGAAAGCGAGAGCGGUUGAAAGCAGGGAAACUCGCCCAGUAGGAAGGGGGAAGGGCGCAAGAGGGGAAGCGAGUCCCGUGCCGAGAGGAGGCAGGGGGAGGGGAGGGGCAAGUCCUGUGAAGAGGGGAGGUAGAGGGGGGACAGGGGGAGCAAGUGGAGUGGUCAGGCGGUCGAGUAGGAGGGCUGCUGCUGCUGAUAAGUAA